GCAACUGGGUCUGGUCUGAUGGUCAAAACUACUACCUUGAUAACUGGCAAGAAAACAUGGAAAAUGCCACUGGAAAAUGUGCUAUGGUCAAGCGCAGUGACAGAAAGAUCUAUGUUGAGGAUUGUGGAAGUCGUCGGUUCUUCAUUUGUCGGAAGUACCAUACCUAUGAUUAUGAGUCCGUGUUCGUACCAGAGGCAAAGACAUGGCCAGAAGCUCAGGACUACUGCAGGACCCACUAUGCCAAUCUGGCCAGUUUUUCAAGCUCCUACUCCAACAGCAUUGUCACUGACAUAGAAUGUCCUAUGUGGAUUGGACUGCACAGAGAUGGAGCAGCAUGGAGCUGGAGCUUGGGGGACUCCAAAUAUAGAAACUGGUUCACAGGAGAGCCGAGUAACAGCGGCGACUGUGGGUCGAUCUACUCAAUAUCGAGGACCAUGGCUUCUGAAAACUGUGAUACUCGUCUACCGUUCCUCUGCAUCUCAGACAAUAUGGUCCUGGUAAAGGAGAACAAGAACUGGGAGGAGGCGCUGGAACACUGCAGAGGCCUACGUUCAUCCACAAACAACGUCCGCUACGAUCUCCUCAGCCUGCAGCCCGAAGACCAACAGGACCUCAUUAUGAACAAGGUCAUGCAGGCUGACACUGACGAGGUGUGGACCGGCCUGUGUUUCCUGGCCGGUGAGUGGCUGUGGGUGAACGGAGCAGAUAUGCUGCACACCGACCUGCCUCUCUGCCCCGCCCCACAUCAACACUGUGGGAUCUUAACCAAGACCAGCGCUGGUGGCAUGGAGGCUAGAGACUGUUCAGAGAGAAAAAACUUCAUCUGUUACAGCUACACCACCUGAAUAAAAUAAUCCAACAUCUGAUACUAUAGCCACAUUAUAUUUGAAAUGUUAUUGUUUACCUAAAUGUCUUUAGAAUAUUUGAAGUAUCAGUUUUCUCUAAUGGAAAUAAAACUGAUAUUUAAGUGUACUCAGUACCAAAUAUCUUAUGUUAUAUUUAAUUUACUUUAUGUGUAAGCAAUAUUCAUUUCUGCUUAGAAAACUGUUUCAUUUUAGUUGGUGAACUGUUUUAUUCAUCUUUGUGCAGUAAUUUAGUAUUUAAUGAACAUCUAUGGUUUCUUCUGUUUGUAAAAUGGCUUAUUGUAUCGCACAGUAACUAGAAUUCACCUUCUUUGGUUUCAUUUCAAAAGCCAAACCCAGGCCUGAAAACACCCAGACCCCUUUGAUCCAGCAAUUAGUCGAAUAGAACCUGUAAAGCAAUUCAGGAACAUAUUACAAGGAAGUAAUUGACAUUUUUUGGCCUGAAAAAGGGUUUAUAAAGUCAUUUUGAAUGCAUUAGGAAAAUUAUGAAUUCUAGUCUUAACAGAACGAGGAGGAUGUCCACCCAUCAGCUAAUGAUGUUAAGCUCAAGAAGCACUUAGUUUAUGCAGCGAGACGAUGAUCUGCAUCGCACCAGCAUGUCCAGACAUUUCUGCAGAGAAACUGAACCUAUAAAGUGGCCCGGUCUUGGACUUAAACCUGAUUAAAAUACCUUUACAUGACCUUAAAUAUGACUUUUCUGUUCAAAAACAUUCCACUGUGGUUCCCCGCAGAGAAGAGUGGACCAAUAUUCCUCUUUUUGA